AUGGCAGGUGUGCACCCCGACAUUCUAGCAGAGCACUAUGGCAUACAUGGAGAAGCUAUUAGACGUGCUCUAGGACAAACGGGUGCAGGACAUUCUGCUGACGAAGAUAAUGAGGGCGAUGCUGGAGGUGAAGAGGAGGGUAAAGGCCAACCUGGUGAAGACAACCUCGAAGAGAUAGAGGUUCCUGCCAGCACCAAUCCUUUUAGUGGCGGUGAUGAGAUAACCUUCUGUGCAGCACUUAAAAUGGCUCACCAAGACUGCAUCAUACCCUCUAACUAUGGCUUGCUUUCUGAAGAGUGGGAGAAUGCAACCGCGUAG